AUGGACACGUCCGCACCCCAGCAGCAGCAGCCUCCGACAGCAUCCGCCGAGACUCCGAAUGUGUGCAGCGGAGAGAUUGAUCGUGUCCUGAGACAGAGGCGGAAACGGCAUGAGUCUAGGUCUUGUAUCCCGUGCAAGCGUCGCAAGGUACGGUGUGAUAGCCAAACACCUUGCGCAACUUGCCAGAAACGUGGACAUACUGAGAUCUGCGUAUACGAAGCUCCUAGGUCUGCUAGACGCACAGCUCCAGUGCAGACAAGUCCGCGUAACGAAGGAACACCUGGGAAUCCAGCGAGACCAGACAGUGGUGCAAGUGCAUUGAGAGUUCCUCACUCGGUAUACCAUGAAAGGGACAACCGACAAUCGAGCCCAUCACAAGAUUACUCAAUUGCAUCCAUCGCGGGAGAAAAGGCGCAGAAGCAGACUGAUGCAGAAGAACUGGCACGAGAUUUCGAAUUGGACGUGCACGGCUACUUGCGAGCCUACACCGCGGGCGAGUUUAAAUCCACACCCAUUUCAGACGAUUGGGGGAAAGAGAGAGCAAUCGGCUUUAUCAGCUUGAUUCUUGCCGUCCUAUCCUCUGCCGCACAUUACUCAGAUCUCACUGGAUCCGAGAGAUCUCGCACCUGUUAUGACCUUGCCAGAAGGUCUUUCCAGGCGUUACGACUGGCAAACUUCUUUUUCCGUCCAACCUUGGAGGUUGUUCAGACAAUAUUAGUCUUGGGCAACAUGCUUCAAAACACGGGACAGUCUGAUGCAGCUUGGGCAUGGCUCGGUACCACGGCUCGCCUAGCUCAAACUCUCCACUAUCAUGCCCAAGGGAGUAGGACGAACCUCCCAGAAAUAGUCAAGAUUCAAGCGAGGACUUGUUGGUCAAACAUCAUAUGGCAGGAUACUCUGCUCAGUAUGUGCCACGCGCGGCGCCCAUUAACAAUGAUAAAUGUUCCCGGGCAGGAUUUGGGCUUUCAAGACUCGGAACUUACGUAUCACGGCUUCAUGCGUGCAAUUUGUCGAAUCUCCACGACAGUGCUGAAUAACGAUUCAUGUUAUAUUGCCAGCGUCACAAUAGACAUGCUCGAGCAGCUUGACUCGCUGCACCGCAAAACGAAACCAUAUUUGCAAGACCCCGAUCGAUGCAAAUCGAGUCUUGAACACCUCCAGCAUCUAGCAUUAAAGAUGCACAAGUCCUUCUUGGUUACGUUUCUAUGUCGACCAGAAAUUCGAAAUGCCAAUCGCUCAUCGAACCAAUCGCAGGAAGUACUCUCGGAACAGCAGCUGCGCAUCCGUGGGCGUGCUGAGGAGAACCUCUUUGAAGCAAUCAAGACGUUCCUCGAGUUUAGGGCAGUAAGUGCGGUACCACUGCGGAGCUGGUCGAUGGUGCACGCCGCACUGAGUUCCGUGCUACUUCUGUGCAUAUGGGAAGAGACAAGGGUCAAGCCUGAGUGUCGAUGUCUGAGGGAGAAGGUAAUUGAGGCAUUCUCGUCUCCGGAAUUCAAUGUGGCUGGUGGCCCAGCAUCUGCAGAUGAGAACAGCCAGUGGUUGUCGCCUAGGCAUAUCAACGCACUGGUGACUCUCAAGGAUGCAUUUACUACUGAUGAAUCCGGUUUGCAAGUUGACUAUAACGCUAUGCCGGGCUGGAACAACGCGGACCUCAUGGGACAAUCUGGAUUCAUACCGGGCAUUAUUGAUGCUUGGGACCCUUUCGCUGAGUAUGCAUUGAGUGAUUUUAAUCCGAGCGUUCCUUGUGACCCAGGAGCGACAAAUAUGGAGUUGCCAGCCAUGGACCCAUCUCCCACGAACUACCUCGACUUCAUUAUGAGAGGCUAG